AUGGCCGGACGACGAAAUUCAACUCGAAGCAGAAUCAAACCUAACGAAAAUGACGUGGAUUCUGGCGAUGAUCGAUCGGUCGGAAAUGCAAGGCCGAAAGGUAGACGCCGCAGUCAAACCGGCGUAGACCAAAGCCUCAUCUCCAUCAUGAAUGUGAACAUCAAAACUUUGUUAGGGCUUGGAAUUCUCGCCUCAUUUGUUGCUGUGUUUAUCAUUUUCCAAUUGGUUAACACUGCUGAAGAGCCUGAAAAGAAGCCCCGAGUAGUCACGCCAUUUCCUGCUCCAAAGCUCAUGGAUCUUCCCAUGUUUCAGGGGGAUCAUAGAGAGAGCUUGUAUUGGGGAACUUACAGACCGACUAUGUACUUUGGGAUUCGUGCCAGGACACCACUCUCUUUAGUGGCUGGCUUGAUGUGGAUUGGUGUUACCAAUGGAAGAUAUUCAAUGAGACAUGUCUGCCAAAAUUCUGAUGAGCUAAAGAAGUAUGGGUGGACAGAACAUAAUGGACGGGACUAUGGGCGACAGAUUUUGGUCGACCAUGAAAUGACCUUGACAACAAAUUUCCUCAAAUCUAAGGAACGGGGGAGCAGCUAUGGGGGAGACUGGGCUGUCCGGAUUGGUGUGGAAGACGAGAACUCUGAACUUGACAAGGAAACUUCAAAAGCCGUUCAUCUGUUCUUUUAUAUGGCCGAUGAAACUGGUAAUGCUCUAAACUUGGGUGGAGCUGUUGACGUCGAUGAUGAUUCCGUCCUGGUGUCGGGCUAUAGAAGUGAUGUCGGGAAUUGGCAGCUACAUCUAAAAUCUGAGGAUGAAUAUGAAUUUCACCAUGCAGGGUUCAGGACGCCAUUUGUUCAUAAUUUAUCUGAUCUUGUCCAAGCAGAUCUUGGAACCCAGGCAAGAAAGACUGGUCGCUUGCAGCUGUCAGAUACAUCAACUGAUUCAUCAAACAUUUUUGUCUUUCAGCUUACAGCUAGGAUUCCUUUUAAGGCUGAGUUUAUCUUCCUGUCUGGAACUCUUGCUCAAAAAGAGCGUGCCAUGAGCCUUUCAGGCACCUCACUGACUAAUAGAUUGACUGAGAAGCAAAAAGACUAUGCUGAUAAAUUUCAAAGGUCCUUUGAUCUGCCUGAUGAGCUUGAUUCUGAAUCUGUGACAGUGGGAAAGGCUGCGCUCGGGAACUUGCUGGGAGGAAUUGGCUACUUCUAUGGACAGUCAAAAAUUUCACUUCCAAACCACUAUGGUAAAGAUGGUGAUAAAUUUAUUUCAUAUUGGCCAGCGGAGCUCUAUACUGCAGUUCCUAGUCGUCCUUUUUUCCCCAGGGGAUUUUUGUGGGAUGAAGGUUUCCAUCAAUUGAUAAUAUGGCGGUGGGAUAUCCGUAUUUGCUUGGACAUCUUGGGACACUGGCUAGACUUAAUGAAUAUUGAUGGAUGGAUUCCACGUGAACAGAUUCUAGGUGCUGAAGCUUUAAGUAAAGUUCCCGAGGAAUUCGUUCUUCAGCAUCCAACAAAUGGAAAUCCUCCGACGCUAUUUCUAGUUUUACGUGAACUAAUUUGCAGCAUGAAGACCAACAAAUUUACUGCUGCUGAGAGUGACGAGAUCCUUCUGUUCUUGGAUCGAGCAUUUGUCCGCCUUGAAGCCUGGUUUAAAUGGUUCAACACAACACAAUCAGGAAAAGCUGUGAGCAGUUACUUUUGGCAUGGAAGAGACAAUACCACAGCUCGUGAGCUAAAUCCUAAGAGCCUGUCUUCUGGUUUGGAUGAUUAUCCCCGUGCAUCUCACCCAAGCGAAGAUGAGCGCCACUUGGAUCUUAGAUGCUGGAUGCAUCUUGCAGCAGAUUGUCUGCACUCAAUUAUACAACUUCUUGGUAAGGAAGACGAACAUGGAAAGGAGUACAUGUCUACAGCAUCUCUGCUUUCAGAUUUUGAACUUUUAAAUCAGAUGCACUUUGAUGCUGACUAUGGAGCUUAUUUUGAUUUUGGGAAUCAUACUGAGAAGGUUCGAUUAAAUUGGCAGAUAGUGGAGGGAGUGAACAAUCAUCCACCAAGCCAAAAGCUCUCAAGAGAAGUUCUAGAGAAGCCUGUAUUGAGGCUGGUUCCUCAUUUUGGCUAUGUUAGCCUUUUCCCAUUGAUGGGUAGACUAAUCCCCCCUGGAUCGUCAAUAUUGGAAAAGCAGCUUGACCUCAUUUCGAACCGAAGUACUUUGUGGACAAACUUUGGACUGAGGUCUCUUUCAAAAACAAGCUCAAUUUACAUGAAACGCAACACUGAGCAUGAUCCACCAUAUUGGAGAGGACCUAUUUGGAUGAACAUGAAUUAUAUGAUACUCUCAGCACUUCAUCAUUAUUCAAGAGAGGAUGGACCGUACAGAGAACGAGCCGAAACAAUAUACAAGGAUUUGAGACACAAUUUGGUCAGGAAUGUUGUUAAUAAUUAUCAAAAAACUGGCUACUUUUGGGAGCAGUUUGAUCAGCAAAAGGGAAAGGGAAAAGGCGCUCAUCUCUUCACUGGUUGGACAUCUUUGGUCGUUUUGAUCAUGGCAGAAAAGUAUCAUGAAUGCUGA